UACAGCGUAAAUUCAGUAUCGCCUUUUUACCGUAAUGGGUUAAUUGGCCAUUGAAGGGCUUGCUACUUUUUCAUUCGCCCGCCCACAAGAGGGUUCAAAAAGCUCGAUUUCCACCUCCGGUGUCGAGUUGCCGCCAUCUUUGUAUCCGUUUAAAUACACAAAUAUAAUUUAUUUUCAUUAUCUAAGGUGAGGAGAACAUUCAAAAUAAUUGGGUAAAGUCAAGGAACUUAUGUCUGCAGCCUAAGAGCAUUCAUUUGAAGCCAUAUUGAGAUGUCGCUGGUGGAUUUGGGGAAGCGGCUCCUUGAGGCCGCACGSAAAGGCCAGGACGAUGAAGUCAGGACACUCAUGGCCAAUGGGGCUCCCUUCACCACAGACUGGCUGGGCACAUCUCCGUUGCACCUGGCCGCCCAACACGGACACUAUUCCACCGCCGAGGUGCUGCUCAGGGCAGGCGUCAGCAGAGAUGCCCGAACCAAAGUGGACAGGACCCCUCUGCACAUGGCUGCUUCAGAGGGCCACAACGUCAUCGUGGAUCUAUUAGUCAGGAGUGGCGCAGACAUUAAUGCCAAAGACAUGCUGAAGAUGACUGCUCUCCACUGGGCCGCCCAGAAUGGCCACCAAAGGGUAGCAGAGACGCUUGUCAAACAUGGCGCCGAUGUUCACGCUCUCAGUAAAUUUGAUAAGACGCCGUUUGACAUCGCAGGAGACAUCCAGAAUGCAGACCUUAUGCUCCUACUACAGGAGGGAAUGCAGAACCAGGUGAACAUGAACGCAGAGGCUGGCAUGACGGGGAGCUCGGCCCAGCCUCAGUUUAUCAUCCAGGGCAUCCCAGGGCUCCCGGGGGGUGUGGUCAACCUGGCGGAUCUCCUCAACAACAUCAACUCGGCAGGUGACUCGGAGGAAGCCAUAGCAGCCAAUUCUUUGGACCCCGGCAGCAUCCAGCACAUGGUGAACGAGCAAGGUCAAAGGGUUAUCACCAUAGUGACCGACCAACACGGUAACCUGCAGACUGGAGGGCUUGGUCAGCCAUUCUUCGUCACCAUGCAGCAUGGACAACAGAUGUUGGCGAUGCCAGCCAAUCAGGUGACAGAGGAGGUGGUUGAGGAGGAACCCCAGCCCCCGCCUGCCCGCAAGAGGAAACUCGAGGCCUCGGCCAACCACAUGGAGUCUGGAGACACGGAGCAGUUACAGAGGCAGCUGCAGGAGGCCAACCGGAAAGCCCAGGAGUACCGGCAGCAGCUGAUGUGCAAAGAGCAGGAAGCAGAGCAGUACCGUAUGAAGCUGGAGGCCAUGUCGCACAGCCAUACCAACGGCACCUUGGAGCAGGAGGAAGUGGUUGAGGAGGAGGAGGAGGAGGAGGAGGAGGUGGUGCUGCUCCAGGAGGGAGACAUCAUCAUCAAGACGGAGGAGCUGGACUCGGCCGAGGAGCAGGUGACGCUGGUGGAGUCGGUGCCCUCCCACACCGAGGUCAUCUCAUAACAUCAGACAGACUGAUGUCACUGACGGAAGGAGAAAUGGACACGAACUCAGGCGACGGGGCAGCCUAUCAGCGUUUUCAUAGCUCUUUGUUAAGUUUUCCCCCUUCUGAUUUUCUUGUUAUGUCUUGUUUUUGAACUAUAUUUACUUACUUUCUGCCAUUUCAGUCGUUUUUUUUCUCUCAAUCAUGUUUUUUUUUUUUUUAACAAGUAGCGAAGUGAUGAGCUGAAUAGGAGGUGCAUCACAGGUUGGUUGAUGAGCCGGAAUGGGACCUGCUCAGCCUGUGGAUAAGGUUUCCUGCCUGAAAUACGUAUAUGCUAUCUGAGAGAAACGGGUCACUCAGUCUCUGUCUAUGGUGUCUGAGACAUGUCAYUGGUGUGGGAAAUACAUUUUCAUGUUGCCAACUACAUAUCAUAAGAUGUCCAAGACAUGUCCAUCCAUGGUGCCAGAGGACCAGUCUGUGGAGAGAACACUGUUUGUUUUUGUUCAGUUCCUUCGGGUCUCAAAACUCYCCCUCUGCAUCACUCCUCCAUCCUACCACCCACCAUCAUGGGCUCCACUGCAAUGGGAAUUGUAUUUAUUCUUUUCAAAUAGGUAUUCUUAGUCUUACAGGACAAAUGACAGGGCAUGCAGUUGGCAACYGUCAUUCCCAGCAUUUAUUGGACUCUGCAUUCACAAUGUAAUAAUGAAUUCUUUCCAAGUUGGGAAUUGCAGUGUUUUGACUUUCAUGGCACCACCUUAGCUUUGUCCUCUGUGGUUGUUAUGGUCUGUGCCACUUCCAGAGUGCAGUGGUGAUUUAUAGGUUUACUGUUGCAAAAGCCACAACCCCCCCUCACUGCUGAUGUCAAUACAAAGAAUAACCUCCUCCCGUUUCCAGGCCCCUGUGGCUUUAAUCACUAGUAGUCGCACUCCCCAAAGCCGGAGACGGACAGGAAUAAGGCUUUCAGAUUGCUGUGUUCUUAUGACAAUGACCAUUUCCCAUGUCCCGACACUUGUUUCUGCUACAGUUACUGUGCCGUUUUGUCUUCUCCCACCCUGAAUGAGAAUGUGGUCAACUUCUGGGUUAACAUUCAUCUCUCAGGGUUGAAGGGUGUUAAUGGAAAGUCAUCUCUGCCUGCUAUUCAGUAAGGGCCAAUCUAAACUUGAGAUGCCAAAGCUGAUUUAAGUUGUGCCUACAUUUUGCAUUGACGUCAAUGGGGGGGAUUUCCACUGAAAUUYGAGUUCAGAUUGUGGAUCUCAAGUUCUGACGUAUCGGAUGCUCUUGCCCAGGUUUAAAAUUACUUUAGUGGGUCUAACAGCAAUUUGAGUUUAACCAUGUUGAGCGACAGAUAUAAAUACACGCACACCAAUUUGAACAUUAAAAUAAUGUGAAUGUACACUGAUCUGUGGUCAGUUUGAGAGGAGUACAUCUUGUAUAAUUAAUUUUCCAACAUGGCUAAUUGGGUGGAUGAAAUACACCACAGUUUUUGAGUUUCAGAAUUGAAACCCCCUCAGACAACCUCUUUACUUGGUGGAAGAGGCCUGCUGUUUUGCUGGAAUACCGUUCCUAUGGCGGUCUCCACUCACCCAUUGUAAACUUAGACCGCUCUCUUCCUUUGAGAAGUCGAUGUUCUCCACGAGUAUGAUAUUUUUUUAUAAGCUCUCAGCAAGCCUUUUUAUUAUGUACAUAUAAAAUUGUAUUUUUAAGUGUAUCUGAAUGCUUUGGAAUGUAGACUGCCUAUAUAUGAGUUGUAAGCACAUUGUCCCUUUUUAGUUUAGCAUCUCUUUGCCAGAUUGUAUAGGUGAACAUGUAUGCACCAAAUUAUUAAAUAAUUCCAUUUGACGGGUUUAUAGAUCUACCUGUUUCGCUACUGCUCUCAGUUAAGGGCACUUGACCGAGCCAUGAAUGACUUUGUGUGGACUUAGCUUGCUUUGAUUUAAAAGUAUGAAACUCCCUUUUUAAAAUGUUACAACUGGUUUCUGGAACAUGCUUUGAAGUGUUUGUUGAAUAACUUCGGUCUUCUCAGAGAUGGAGAACCGGUUGCUCUYUACCAUUUCCUCCGUUUUGUUUUAGACAUUGUUCCAUAUUGACCAGCAGGUGGCACUACACUUUAACYGACUGGUCUGUGAAAUGAAAUUGAACAGGGAUCAUAUCUAUAUUUCUUACCCUCAAAUGAGUCGAUUUGCUGCUAAUACAGAAAGUGAAACGACUAGAGUAUCAUACGGUGACGUUGAAGAUUUAUUAAAUGCAUUCCUUUUUCUAACUCAUUUAUGUAAGGUGAUAUUUCAGUUGUAUUGCCUACCUGGAUAACAUAAUUGAAAAUAAAAUACAAGCUCGUACCUGCAAAUGAUGUGGA